CUGCUCGGCCCCGGUCCCGGUGCGGCCCGGCCGGCCCGCGGGGCGCGGAGCCGAGGUCCGCGGCUGGCCGCAUGAAGGACUGCGAGUACCAGCAGAUCAGCCCCGGGGCCGCUCCGCCGCCCGCCUCCCCCGGGGCGCGGCGCCCCGGCCCCGCCGCGCCCCCCGGCCCGGGCCCCGGGCCCCCGCCGCCCGCCGCCGCCGCGCCGCGCUGGAGCGGCAGUGGCAGCGGCAGUGGCAGCGGCAGCAUCGGCCGCCGCCCGCGGCGCAAGUGGGAGGUGUUCCCGGGCCGCAACCGCUUCUACUGCGGCGGCCGCCUCAUGCUGGCCGGCCACGGUGGCGUCUUCGCCCUCACGCUGCUGCUCAUCCUCACCACCACCGUCCUCUUCUUCGUCUUCGACUGUCCCUUCCUGGCCCGCCAGCUGACCCUCGCCAUCCCCAUCAUCGCUGCCAUCCUGUUCUUCUUCGUCAUGAGCUGCCUGCUGCAGACAAGUUUCACCGACCCUGGGAUCCUGCCCCGGGCCACCGUCUGUGAGGCAGCCGCCCUGGAGAAACAGAUUGACAACACAGGCAGUUCGACAUACCGGCCGCCCCCUAGGACCCGUGAGGUGAUGAUCAACGGGCAGGUGGUGAAGCUGAAGUACUGCUUCACCUGCAAGAUGUUUCGGCCACCGCGGACCUCACACUGCAGUGUCUGUGACAACUGUGUGGAACGGUUUGACCAUCACUGCCCCUGGGUGGGCAACUGUGUGGGGAGACGGAACUACCGCUUCUUCUACGCGUUCAUUCUCUCCCUCUCGUUCCUGACGGCCUUCAUCUUCGCCUGCGUGGUCACACACCUGACGCUGCGCUCUCAGGGAAGCAAUUUCCUCUCCACUCUGAAGGAGACACCAGCGAGCGUGCUGGAGUUGGUGAUCUGCUUCUUCUCCAUCUGGUCCAUCCUGGGCCUCUCAGGGUUUCACACUUACCUCGUCGCCUCCAACCUGACAACUAAUGAAGACAUCAAAGGUUCGUGGUCCAACAAGAGGGGCGGUGAGGCCUCUGUCAAUCCCUACAGCCAUAAAAGUGUUAUCACCAACUGCUGCGCUGUGCUCUGCGGCCCCCUACCUCCCAGCCUGAUCGACCGGAGGGGAUUUGUGCAAUCAGACACCGUGUUGCCCUCGCCCAUCAGAAGCGAUGAGCCAGCCUGCGGAACCAAGCCCGACGCCAGCAUGGUAGGAGGCCACCCCUGAACCGGGCUCAGUACUUGCCACCUGCUGGCUUGUCUGCCCCUCCGCACUCACCUGCCGCCCUCCACACCUGCCAGGACCCUCCCCAUUCCACCUGAAGGGAAGCAGAGCCGCCAAGGACUUUCUGAGUCUUUUCGUAUUUAUUUCCCAUCCUGCGUGGCUUUCCCCACACCGUGCCAUGGCUGUACCCUCGGCUCCCCAAACCAGGUUCCCACAGCCUGGGGCCCUAGAUUCCCCCAGCUGACCAGUGGCAGGAGUGACAGGAGAGAGAGGCCGAGGGCCCUGAGAUCGCCCAGGGGACCAUGCCAAGUCUCUGCCGUGCCAGGGUGAGCCCUGUGUGAGUGAGGGUGCGAACUGAGUGUGACGCCUCCCUGCAGGGAGCUGCUGGGCCCUGCUGAGCCGGGGUCCAUGGGGCAAAGCAGGACGUAGGAGCAGGUGGCUCUGGACAGCAGGCCGUCUGAGAGGACGCCUCCGUGGGCUGCUCUGGUCUGUGGGCUCCUUCAUUCUCGUUGUGACGAUCAUUAUUCUUUCUUCUGUGUUUUGUUUUUUGUAUGGAGUUGGUCAGUGGACUAGAGCUGGUAGCAAGGGCAGAGUUGGGGCCACGUGGCGGGCAGCCUGUGUCAGAGGAAGCUGCACAGUCAGCCAGGUGCCUGAGACCUCAGCUCCUGCAUGAUUCCCGGACAGCACACUAGGAAGUGGGGGCCUCGCCCUCUCUCUGCCCACGAAUGAUUCUCCAGGGCCCAGCCUGGCCCCCACCUUUCUCCCAAAUGAGGUUUGGGGAUAGGAAAGUUAUACUCAUGCUGGCAAUACUUGAAACGGGUUUAUUAAUGCUGGGAAUUUUGCACAAUUUUAUAGACCUCUUUUCUACAUAGCAUUUUUUAAAUGGAAGAAGAAAAAGUCAGCCACAUUGCUCUCUGUGUAGUGCCAGGUUAAGAGUUAUAGGAAGGCAACUUGGUUUGAAUAAGUUUAUUACAAGAGACCUUCUGGCUGUGAGUGAGUGUGUGUGUGUGUGUGUGUGUGUGUGCACGCGCGCGCGCCCUUGUAUGAAUGUUGCUGGUUCCCACUCCCCCACACACCCCCUGGGUUGCCUCACUCCCCGCCAUCCCCCUUGGGCGCCAGCCUGAGCCAUGGGAACAAGGAGUGUGUGCAUUGGUCACUAGAGACCCCCGGGCUCGUGCUGCAGUUCAGCCCCAUCCUACCUUUCCCUCCUCCUUGGACUUCAGACGAGCAGUGGCUGGGACUCAGCCACCCAGCCCCCAGGUCAGGCUUCCAGCUGAGACCUGCCCAGACAGGCUGAAGCCUGGCCAGGUGGAUGGGGUAGUGGCUGUGGGGAGUGGCUGCCAUCCCACAAGCCACACCCCCUCCUCAAGUUCUAGGUAUGGGACCCAGUGCCAGGGGCUGAAGGACCGGGAGCCUCUGCCAACCAGAGGCCUCCCUCCAGAGAGAAGGAAGGAAGGAACAGGGUGGGCCGAGAGGCAGGAAAUUGUCCCUUUAUCCUCUUCCGGGGCCUCUCCAGUAGGCGGAACCCCUUGGAAAGGGACCUAGGAAGUCCUGCUCCUUGUCCUUCCUUGCUCCAGAGCCAGGGGGUCACAGGCAGCUGAGAAGCGGCAGCCACAGAGAGCCCCCUCUGGGAGAAACAGCUUCCCUCAGCCUCAGGGCCCUGGGCCUUGCUGCAGCGGCUCUGGGAGGUGGGGAGGAAGCUGGCCAGAGCAAGGGACUCUGACCCGCCUUUUAUUUAAGCCAGUAUUCUUUGUUUCUGCUUGUAAUAAAAUUUUUGUUUUUAAGAA